AUGUUGGUUGAGAAAGAGUUGUUUUUGUCGCUUUCAACUCCCUGUGUUUUGCCACAGCAACAACAGCCUCACACUAUUCUCAGGAAUGGCGGGAGAAGAACAUUCUGAACUGGAUGAGUCUCUUAGCUUCACAUCGGAAAAUUUCAGCCCAGAACAAGCAUUAGUUUCAAAUAACAUUAUCACAUCAUCAUCAGGUGCAACAGUCUUUAAUAAUCUUAAUAAGUACGUGGAAAGCCUUUUCAAAAGUGAGAGUUUUCGGUCUCUAAAUUGGCUACCGGACGCGUUCUUAGAAGCAAGAGGUCGCUCGCAAGUGCUUGCUAGACCAAAUGAAAAAGAUAGACAUGAUCUAAGAAUUCGUGGAAAGCUCAACAAUAACACAGGUGAAACAUCAAAUAAUACCAAGCCCAAAAUUUCUAACGAAAAACAUCAAGAGGGAAAUCAUGAUGCCUUCCAAAAGCCUUUCAACAUUGGUAAAAGUGAGGUUGCUGAAAUUAAAGCCAUGCCUGGAACCUCAACGGUUGCCACUGGAAUGCCAGGAAAUGUUACUGCAUCAAAAGAAGGAAAGACGAAAAAUAAUGCUUACUUUAAUGACAGAGCUGGGAGACUUCAGAAUUUAAUGGUUGGUGAAGUGGAAUCAAAUUCCCGUGAAGGGAAAAAAGGACGAAAACGGCUAGACGUUUUUGAAAGAAUGGAAGCUUGCCAGCAGGGGCCACUGAAUGUGCUGUACAAAAGUAUGCACCAACGGUUACGGCUGAAAGUUUGGACACGGAGGUACAAGGGACUUAGAGGGGUCUGCAUUGGGUACUUGAUCGCGUUUGACAAGCAUAUGAACCUGGCUAUGAUAGAUGUAGAUGAAAUUUACACAAUCGAAAUCCGAAUGUUAUCUGAUGAAGAGCAAACGAGGAUUCGACACGCGAAGAAGAAGGAGAAAAGAAACCGGUAUCGUUUGAACAAAAUCAAACGGAAUAUGGAUUUGCUUGAGGGGAAAUGUGACAAUGAACGAGAAGUAGAGUUUAAGAGUGGAAAGGAGUCUUUGAAAAUGAAGCUUGAUGUCAGGAGUGGGCAAGUUAGUGAAACACAUUCUAAUUUUCUCCAAACAGAAAGCUCGUCCGUCAGAAGAAAAUUCGCUGCCUUGAAGGACGGUGACUGUGAUGGAGGCCAGAUAGAUAGUAGGGUACUUUCUCAAAAUAGAAGAUUGAAACAUGAUGAGGAGUUUGAAAAUGAAAUUGAUGUAUGUGAAAGUGAUUUACCAGACAUUGGGUCUACGAUUCAGCCUGAUGAUCCGGCAGAAAUGGAGCUUGCUUCUCGCGAUGCGGAUUCGUCUUAUAUUGGAGUAAUUUGUAAGAAAAAGGAAGAAGAGAAAAAGAGCAUUGAAGAUUCUAUUCAGAAAGAUCAAAUUAAAUUUGGCUUGGAAGAAAGAAGCAAAGAAUGUCAACCCAGAACUUCAAAAUCGAUAAUGUUUAAUGAAGAAGAUUCUAUAAGCGCGGUUCCUUUAAGUUUUCCAGAUGAUAAAAAUGUUUCAGAAAGUACGUCAAGGAAGCCAGGAGCGUCGAAUUUGCAGAACAGCAAAUCUCGAGAACCAAACCUAUGUAGUUUUUUCUUAUGCAGUGGCUCUUCCUAUCAUAAGCCAUCUCACAUAAAACCAGAGCAAGUCCUCCAAUUGUCAAAAACUGAAACGAAAGCAUGUUUUAAGGAAAACGAAAAGAUUCAGGAGCAUUUCGCUUCUAAGUCAAACUUAAAUGACAUUGCUCAGGGAAAAAGUCCCAAAGACCUCGCAAAAAUAGCUAGCGGACGAAUUGAAAAGAGUCACGAAAAUGUGCAUUCAUCCAGUAGCCAAAAUAUAAAGAAAAAACCAAAAAAUCGUUCGAUUGAGUAUAAACUAGUAAAAGUAGAUCAUAGUACUCAAAAGACAUGCAUUGAUGUUACAAAACUGUUGGAAAUAAUAGGAAGUGAUCAAUGUCGCAAAGAUCCGCGUAUUAUUAAAGCGUUAAGUAGACAACAGAAUAUGAAAGAAUUUUCCCAUCCCAUUCCAAUUAGUUCUGAUGAUAUGGAGGACGGCACACCUCAAGCGGUCACAAAUCGGGGUACAGUUGCUGCAUUAGCUUCUCUUAGCCAUGCAGAGGAACUUUUAAGGCCAAAAUAUUCUGAAAAGGCACCGGAAACAGCACAGGGAAAAACUGAAUGUAGAAAAUUAACUGAAGAUAUAUCUUUAAAACGAGCGAUUUCUACGGAUUCCCAGAAGCAGACUACAUCAGAUAUUAAAGGGAGUUUUGCGAUAAAGAAGAUAAAAGAUCGGUUGAAUGAGGCAGCGGGAAACUACGCGGAGGAGGAUAGUACGACGAAACGAAGUCAGGCAGCGAAGGAGCCAGGGAGUUUCGGAGCUGCUAAUUUAGAGAAGACGUUGGAGGCAAAUAACGGUACCCUCUUGGGCAAAUCCAGUGUGAAAUCUUUGGAGAAAAACGUGCGGAAAAAUAUCAAGGAAAGUCCCAGUGAUGAAAGUUCCAAAGUGAUUGGGCCUAUGUUUGAUUCUUGUAAGACAAACGCUUCUCAAUGCACAACAUCAAACAUUAAAUUUACAAAUAUGAAGGACCGAAAGUCUUCGAAGCCUUGUUUAGCUACGUUUCCAACACUGACUGAACAUGUUGUAAGAAGGAGACAUGUAAAUCAAUUGUUUAUUCGUGGUGAUAAUAUAGUUCUUGUUGCUUUAGAUCAAUAAAACUAAUGAAAUAUGCAAUUUUUGGAUUAAAGAUAGGAGUAUAUCUUUUAUGUCUAUAUUUGCUAAAACAGCAUUUGUUCCUUCAUUUCAAAAAGGUUCUCCACUCAUUUGAAUGGAUAUAUAUUAUGGUACAUAGAUCCUAAAUAAAGGCUGCUGAAAGGCUGAUAAAGUGCUUCUGGCGCUGUUUUUUAUAUAAUUAUUUCCAACAGUACUCCCGAUAAUUUUGUUCAAGAUGAAACCUCUUGAUGUGUUUGAAUUGUUUUUGGUUGUUGUUUUUUGUUUUGAAUGGUUGAGUUUUGGUGGCUCACGAAUUUUCUUUGAGUGAUCACAGGAAUAGAUGAGAGACAUAUCAAAGAGCAAUACCUCAUUGGCCUGGCAAACACUCUCACACCGAACGGCAUGAACAGAACCACUGACCGUUAACCUUCGUUAACCUUACAACAAUAUUAUCAUUAUUUCAUAUUAUAGUACUUCAUCCUCAUUUCAUUUUCAUUCCACCACCCACGCUCUCUCAUUCGCCACCCUUCCCUCCUCCACCGCUGCGCUGCAUUUACAUCAUUCCACAUCAACUAAUCCGACACCAUCGCCUCUUUUAAAUGUAUACAUUUUUAUGUGUGAAUUAAGAAAAAGUCACGGUAGCAGGCUGCUCGACGUGCUCCAAAGAGUUCUUGCGGCGAAAAGUAGAUAAAAAUGUAGCAAAUAAGAAACACCGCAAUGCGCCGAUAAUAAACAACAAUAAAUACACAUAAAUUAGUAACGGCUAAUAUUUUGCCCCGGCAUACUGGGCUUCAUCAUAGCAAAGUAAACGGACUAAAAUGUAUACACUUAUUGAGGAGGCUCCCGAAGGGCAGCAAAAAUUCUAAGAAAAUUUUUUGAUCGUGUAUGUGUGUUUUUAAUUAUGGUUUAUAAACACAUUAAAGGUACCGAGUUACCAAAGUAUGACUUGAAGCCCGUAGUCUCAUUGCCAAGGAGCUCUCCAAUGGUCUUCACGAUUUUGAAGUUUUUGUAACUGGUCGAUGUUUGUAGACCCAGCACAACCCCAGACAGAAAAACAGUAUCGAAAGUGGGGCUCCACGAUACCAGUAUAAAACGUUUUCAAACUUGCCAUAGGCAGGCAGAAAGGAUCUAGCAUGUCUCAGAAAGCCGAUCGCCCUGGAGACCUUGGUGGAAAUUGCCUUAAUUUGCUCUCUCCAAUCUAAUGAGCAAUCGAUUUGCACUCCAAGGUACUUUGUCUUGUGAACUACUUCGAGCUCAUUGUCGCGUAUCUUCAGUUCCAAGGCUUCAUUUCGACUUCUAAGAGAGCUGCCUUUCUGCCUGGUGGAUAUGAGCGUUGAACGAGUUUUUGCCACAUUCAAUGAAAGCUUAUUGCCUCGCAAAACAAGUCUCCAAUUUCUUGAGAUCGCUAUUUAUAGCCUCAUUCGGCCGAGUCAAGUCGUGAGACUGGUGACAAAGACUGGUAUCAUCAGCAUACAUAGUCACAGAGGAAUCUUGGAUGGCCCGUGGAAGAUCAUUGAUAUAGAUGAGGAAUAUGAAGAGGGCCAAGGCAUGAACCCUGUGGGACUCCCGCUUCUAUUUUCCUGACAUUUGAAUCAACACCAUUAACCCUACAGAAUAGUUUACGGUUGGAUAAGUAAGACCUAAACCAAGACAGCUCUUGCCGCCGAACCCCAUAAAUUUCGAGAUUUUUACAGAGAGUAUCAUGGUCGACCAUAUCAAAUGCCUUUGUCAGGUCAAUAAAUACCAAUCCCACGAGCUUACCGAGAUCGAGCCCGUUGUACCAGUCAUCACUCACUUUAAGCAAACAGGUUAAUGUGAAACGUAGCCGCAAAGAACCUAAUUGGUCCGAUGUAAAGAGGCCAUUUUUUUCAUAUACUGGUACAGCUUGUUGAAAACAAGCUUUUCAAAGAGCUUUGAGAUGACAGGCAAGACUGAUAUGGGACGAUAAUUAGAUUUUCAGUCCUAUCUCCAUCUUUGAAAAUCGGAGUAAUUCUCGCUACUUUCCAUGCAUCUGAGAACUGGCAAGUUUCAAUGGAAGUGUUAAACAGGAAUGCCAGAGAGUUCCCAAUAGAGGGCAAAGCAAGCUUCAAAAAGUAACUGGAGAUAUUGUUAAUCCAAAAGCUCUUUGUUGUUUCAACCUUGGCAAAUGCAUCCCUGAUAUCUUUCAGCUCAAUUAUCUUGAAGUUAAACUUAGCCUUAACUUUGUUAACUUCAUACUCACCUGUUAGAACGGGAUUAGCGGCAGAUUGUAUUGGUUCUGCUAGAUACCUACCUAUAGUGCAAAAGAAAUUGGUCAUUGCAUUAGAAACAUCUUUUUUGUUCCGAAUUUCUGUACCAGAUUCUAUGAGACAAUCAAUGCUACUUCAUUUUGAUCUUUUGUUGAGAAGUUCAUUGAUUGCUUUCCAAGAUUCUUUCAUAUUACCUUGACAUGCAGAGAUCCUAUUGGUAUAAUGCUGCUUCUUCAACCGAACAUUAAGGGCAUU